AGGAAUCUCGUUUCAGUCCGAUCUCGGCUGUUGACGCGCUCGGAACUGUGUUUCAGGAAUCGACUCGCCGGUGACGCCCGUGCCACGUGUUUUUGUUAAAGUGUACGAUUUCGGUGUUUUUCGGGACGAUUUUGCGUGUUUUCGCGAUUGUAUCGUACGAGGCUCGUUUGGGUGCAUGUUUUAAGUGUGUUUGCAGUUUGAAAAAUUACAGGAUUUGGAGAGUUUUUGGAAUAUUUGCUGCCAGCUGGAAAUAACAAGCUCAAUCGAAAUGCCCGCCUCUCUCGUCCUCGAAGAUGGAACCAUCUUCCACGGGGACACGUUCGGUGCCGCCACCAAUUCGGACGGCGAGGUGGUCUUCCAGACGGGAAUGGUCGGCUACCCGGAGUCGAUGACCGACCCGUCGUACCACGGCCAGAUCCUGGUGCUGACUUACCCGUUGAUCGGGAACUACGGCAUUCCGGACGAGGAUCUGGACGAGCGUGGGAUGAUGUUGCACUUUGAGUCCAACAAUAAGAUCUGGACGUCGGGGCUGGUGGUUGGGGAGAUCUGCGAGGAACCGUCACAUUGGCGCAGCAAGCUGACUCUGUCGGAGUGGAUGAAGAAGCAUCGGGUGCCGGGGAUCAGCGGGAUUGACACGAGGGCCUUGACGAAGAAGAUUCGCGAGAAUGGAACGGUGCUGGGCAAGAUCGUCCAAGGUAUCCUCUCGAGUCCUUCCGGCAUUACGUUUAGCAAUCAGAACUUGCGCAACUUGGUUGCGGAGGUAUCGCUGUCGAAGCCAACCACGUACAACCCGUCCGGAAGUCCGAGGAUCUGCGCGAUCGACUGUGGUCUGAAGCUGAACCAGGUGCGUUGCUUCAUCAAGCGAGGAGCCCGCGUGGACGUAGUUCCGUGGAACGCCAAGUUGAACCCGGCGGACUUUGACGGGUUGUUCUUGAGCAACGGGCCCGGAGACCCGGUCAUGUGCAAGAUCACGGUUGACAACAUCCGCCAGCUGCUGCAGGAACCGGUUGUGAAGCCGAUCUUCGGUAUCUGUCUGGGUCAUCAGCUGCUGUCGACUGCGGCCGGAUGUCGAACCUUCAAGAUGAAGUACGGCAAUCGGGGUCACAACCUGCCGUGUAUCCAUAAGGGAACGAAAAGGUGUUUUAUGACCUCGCAGAACCAUGGGUUUGCUGUUGACGCCGAGAAGCUCCCGACGGGUUGGGAAGAGCUGUUCACCAACAUUAACGAUCAUACCAACGAAGGAAUUGUUCAUGAGGAGAAGCCGUACUUUAGUGUGCAGUUCCAUCCGGAGCAUACGGCGGGACCGGAAGAUCUGGAGGUGCUGUUUGACGUGUUUUUGGAUGCCGUGAAAGAGUACAAGUCAGGUGCAACUACAAAGACAUCGAUAAAGGAGAAGUUGAUUGAGAGCUUGCGGUACACGCCGAAGCGUCCGGUUGAUACCGCUAGACCGAAGAAGGUACUGAUCCUCGGGUCGGGUGGCUUGUCGAUCGGUCAAGCGGGAGAGUUUGACUAUUCCGGAUCGCAAGCGAUCAAGGCACUGAAGGAGGAGAAGAUCCAGACGGUGCUGAUCAACCCGAACAUUGCGACCGUGCAAACGUCCAAGGGUCUCGCCGAUAAGGUGUACUUCCUGCCGCUGACUCCGGAGUACGUUGAGCAGGUGAUCAAGGCGGAACGCCCGGGCGGGAUCCUGCUGACAUUCGGUGGUCAAACAGCUCUGAAUUGCGGUAUUGAGCUGGAAAAGGCUGGGAUCUUCCAAAAGUACGGUGUUAAGAUCAUGGGAACACCGAUCACUUCAAUCAUAGAGACCGAGGAUCGCAAGAUCUUCGCGGAUCGUGUGGCGGAAAUUGGCGAGAAGGUUGCUCCGUCAGCGGCGGUGUACUCGGUGCAGGAAGCGAUCGAGGCUGCGAACAAGAUCGGAUAUCCGGUGAUGGCGAGGGCGGCCUUUUCACUGGGAGGUCUUGGGUCGGGUUUCGCGAGCAACCAGGAUGAGUUAAAGGUUCUCGCCCAGCACGCCCUAGCACACUCCAACCAAUUGAUCAUCGACAAGUCGCUUAAGGGAUGGAAGGAAGUUGAGUACGAAGUGGUUCGGGAUGCUUACGACAACUGUAUCACGGUAUGUAACAUGGAGAACGUGGAUCCGCUGGGUAUCCAUACCGGAGAGAGCAUCGUAGUAGCACCGUCGCAAACGUUGUCCAACCGAGAGUACAACAUGCUGCGAUCGACCGCAAUCAAGGUCAUCCGACACUUUGGAGUGGUUGGUGAGUGUAACAUCCAGUACGCGUUGAACCCGUACUCGGAGGAGUACUACAUCAUCGAGGUGAACGCCAGGUUGUCCAGAAGUUCUGCCCUCGCCAGUAAGGCAACCGGUUACCCACUAGCUUACGUUGCGGCCAAACUUGCGCUAGCGAUCCCGCUGCCGGAGAUCAAGAACUCCGUCACAGGCGUCACAACCGCAUGCUUUGAGCCAAGCUUGGACUACUGCGUGGUGAAGAUGCCCCGCUGGGAUCUGUCCAAGUUCACGCGUGUCAGCAAGCACAUCGGCAGUUCGAUGAAGAGCGUUGGCGAGGUUAUGGCAAUCGGUCGUAAGUUUGAAGAGGCCUUCCAGAAAGCCCUUCGCAUGGUGGAUAACGUGAACGGGUUCGAUCCGUACCUGAAGGCGGUCAACGAGCACGAGUUGGUGCAGCCCACGGACAAGCGGAUGUUUGUGCUUGCAGCGGCACUCAAGGCGGGCUACACGGUGGAGAAGAUCUACGAACUGACACAGAUCGAUCGGUGGUUCCUGCGCAAAAUGAAGACGAUCAUCGACUUUACAAACCGAUUGGAGGAGCUGUCGGCGGUUCCUGGCAAAGCGAUGCUGCUGGAAGCGAAGAAGAUUGGCUUUUCGGACAAGCAAAUCGCCGGAUUGAUCAAUACUACCGAGCUGGUGGUGCGAAUGCAGCGGAAGGAGACUGGAGUGCUGCCGUUCGUGAAGCAGAUCGAUACGGUGGCGGGCGAGUGGCCGGCUUCGACGAAUUACCUGUACAUGACGUACAACGGCACCGAGAAUGACAUUGAAUUCCCGGGGCAGUACACGAUGGUGAUCGGAUCGGGGGUGUACCGGAUUGGCAGUUCGGUUGAGUUCGAUUGGUGUGCCGUUGGAUGUCUGCGGGAGUUGCGAAAUCUCGGCAGAAAGACGAUCAUGGUGAACUACAAUCCGGAAACGGUCAGUACCGAUUACGAUAUGUGUGAUCGGUUGUACUUCGAGGAGAUCUCAUUCGAGGUGGUGAUGGACAUCUAUGACGUGGAACAACCGGAAGGUAUCAUCCUGUCGAUGGGCGGUCAGCUACCGAACAACAUCGCCAUGGAUCUUCACCGACAGCAAGCGAGGAUCCUGGGAACGUCACCGGAAUCGGUAGACGGUGCCGAGAAUCGCUUCAAGUUCUCCCGAAUGCUCGAUCGCAAAGGAAUCCUUCAACCUCGCUGGAAGGAGCUUACCAACUUAGAGUCCGCGAUCGAGUUCUGCGAACAUGUCGGCUACCCCUGCCUGGUUCGACCUUCGUACGUGCUCUCUGGAGCUGCCAUGAACGUUGCCUACUCCAACCAAGACCUGGAAACCUACCUCAAGUUCGCUUCGGACGUUAGCAAGGAACACCCCGUUGUGAUCUCCAAGUUCCUCGUCGAAGCCAAAGAGAUCGACGUAGAUGCAGUCGCCGCCGACGGUGAGAUCCUGUGCAUGGCCGUCUCCGAACACGUGGAAAACGCCGGAGUCCACUCCGGAGACGCCACUCUGGUAACUCCUCCCCAAGACAUCAACCAAGAAACGCUGGAGCGCAUCAAGGAGAUCGUCCGGCACAUUGCGGCCCUGCUGGACGUUACCGGACCCUUCAACAUGCAGCUGAUCGCGAAGAACAACGAACUGAAGGUGAUCGAGUGUAACGUGCGCGUGUCGCGAUCUUUCCCUUUCGUGUCAAAGACCCUCAACCACGACUUUGUCGCGAUGGCAACGCGCGUGAUCGUGGGGCUCAGUGUGGAACCGGUCGAUGUGCUGGCGGGCUGUGGGAAGGUCGGCGUAAAGGUGCCGCAGUUUAGCUUUGCGCGGCUGGCCGGGGCGGAUGUUAUGCUGGGCGUUGAGAUGGCAUCGACUGGGGAGGUCGCCUGCUUCGGGGACAACCGGUACGAGGCGUACCUGAAGGCGAUGAUGUCGACCGGGUUCCAGAUCCCGAAGCGGGCGAUUCUGCUCAGUAUUGGAAGCUUUAAGCACAAAAUGGAACUGCUACCGAGCAUCCGUAUCCUGCACAAGAUGGGCUACAAGCUGUACGCGUCGAUGGGAACCGGCGACUUCUACUCGGAGCAUGGAGUUGACGUGGAGUGUGUCCAGUGGACGUUCGAUGCGGCCCUUUCCGGAGGGGACGAGAACGGUGGAGCUGGAGAGUUACGUCACCUGGCAGAGUUCCUGGCGAACAAGCAGUUCGAUAUGGUGAUCAAUCUGCCAAUGCGUGGCGGAGGAGCGCGUAGGGUCAGUUCGUUCAUGACCCACGGGUACAGGACGAGAAGAUUGGCCGUCGACUACUCGAUCCCACUCGUAACGGACGUCAAGUGCACCAAACUGCUGGUGGAAGCCAUGAGCCGCAUCGGACGGGCCCCCGUCAUGAAGACCCACACCGACUGUAUGUCUUCGCGGGCCAUGGUCAAACUACCCGGCUUCAUCGACGUCCACGUACAUCUGCGCGAACCCGGAGCCACCUACAAGGAGGACUUCGAUUCCGGGACGGCCGCCGCGUUGGCGGGUGGCGUUACGAUGAUCUGCGCGAUGCCGAAUACGACACCGCCGAUCGUUGAUCGUGCAGCGUUCGAGCUGGUUCAGGAGUUGGCCCAGAAGGGGGCUCGCUGUGAUUACGCGCUGUUUGUGGGGGCGUCUUCUACUAAUUAUGGUACGAUUGGGGAGUUGGCACCGCAUGCGGCCGCGUUGAAGAUGUACCUGAAUGAGACGUUUACGACGCUGAAGUUGACGGACAUGAUCGUGUGGCAGAAGCACUUGUCGAAUUGGCCUAAGCGGGCGCCACUUUGCGUUCAUGCGGAACGGCAGUCGACGGCGGCGGUGAUUUUGCUGGCGUCGUUGGUUGAUCGACCGAUUCACAUCUGUCACGUGGCGCGGAAGGAGGAGAUCAUGAUUAUUAAGGCGGCGAAGGAGAAGGGAAUCAAGAUCACGUGUGAGGUUUGUCCGCACCAUCUGUUUCUUUCUACGGCGGAUCUUGACCGGAUUGGGCAUGGAAAAGGUGAAGUCAGGCCGGUUCUGUGCAGUCCUGAGGAUCAGCAAGCCCUCUGGGACAAUCUGGACGUGAUCGACGUGUUUGCUACGGAUCAUGCGCCGCAUACCAAGCAGGAGAAGGAGUCGGAGAAUCCUCCGCCUGGGUUCCCGGGAUUGGAGACUAUUUUACCCCUGCUGUUGACCGCCGUCAACGAGGGUCGCCUCUCGCUGGAGGACCUCAUCGCCAAGUUCUACAAGAACCCCAAGCGGAUUUUUGGGCUCCCGGAACAACCGAACACCUACGUGGAGGUUGACUUCAACGAAGAGUGGACCAUCCCGGAGUCCCCGCCGCACUCCAAAGCACGCUGGACGCCGUUUGCCGGCAUGAAGGUAAAGGGGCGCGUCCACCGGGUAGUUCUGCGCGGUGAAACCGCGUUUGUGGACGGGGUCGUUCUCGCUAAUCCUGGCUAUGGACAGAACGUCCGCGAGUGGCACAUCAAGAAACCGACGGUGGCGCCGUCCGUCGAGAAGAUCAACGGAUCGCUGGACGGGCUGGACCUGCUGACGCUGAGUAAGACAUUGCCGGAUACGAUCCGCCACGAUUUCUGGGAAAAUGACGGCCACACCAACGACGUGUUCUCGAAGUUGCUCGCCGGCAACGAGUCCAAACAACUCGGAGUUCACUUUGGGGAAGCUCCUCAAAACCAUCCAACUUCUCCUCUUCCCCGUAUCCGGUGCGACUCCACCAGCAACUACGGCAAGGACGUCCUCCUUCCGGCCGCUAGCCUCACUCCGAAGGAGCGAACGCUGGCUGGCAAGCACGUGCUCAGCGUUUCGAUGUUCAGCAAGGAGCAGCUCAACGAGAUCUUCAAUGUGGCACAAACGAUGCGUGCUCGCGUUACGAAAGAUCGUCCGUUGGACGACCUGCUGCGAGGCAAGAUCAUGGCGUCCGUUUUCUACGAGGUCAGCACGCGGACCAGCUGCAGCUUCGCGGCGGCAAUGCAACGUCUCGGAGGUCGCGUAAUCUACAUGGACGAAACGAGCUCCUCCGUCAAGAAGGGCGAAACGCUCGAAGACAGCAUCCUCGUGAUGGCAGGCUACUCGGACGUGGUGGUGCUGCGACAUCCGGAACCGGGUGCGGUCUCGAAGGCGGCCCACCACUGCCGAAAGCCGCUGAUCAACGCCGGCGACGGAAUCGGGGAACAUCCCACGCAAGCCCUGCUGGACAUCUUCACCAUCAGGGAGGAAAUCGGAACGGUCAACGGACUGACCAUUACCAUGGUGGGAGAUUUGAAGCAUGGCCGGACGGUGCACUCGUUGGCGCGUCUGUUGACGCUGUACAACGUUAACGUGCGGUACGUCAGCCCGAAGAGUUUGGGCAUGCCGGAGAAGAUUACGAAGCUGGUCGAGGCGAAGGGGAUCUCGCAGAAGAUUUACGACAACUUGGAAGACGCUAUUGCUGAGACAGAUGUCCUGUACAUGACUCGCAUCCAGAAGGAACGCUUUGACUCUGAGGAAGAGUACAAAAAGUGCUGCGGCCAACUCGUCCUCACCCCGCAGCUGAUGACCCGCGCCAAACGCCGCAUGAUCGUGAUGCACCCCCUUCCGCGAGUGUUCGAAAUCAGCAAGGAGAUCGACAUCGACCCACGGGCGGCGUACUUCCGUCAGGCCGAGUACGGCAUGUACAUCCGGAUGGCGCUGCUCGCGAUGGUUCUGGGCAAAUGCUGAGCCGGAAUUUCGGAUUGGAAUGAAUCAUAAAACUUUUUUUUUUUGCUAACAACUUUAAUAGUGAUCAACCAUUUGAUGGUUCUAUCUUAGACACAUUUGCCAUAUUGUAGUAAAAACACAUUUAUCCUAAAGCGGUAAAAUACAGUUUGUUUUUAUCUUAAGUCUUAAACUAAAUACAUAUAAAUAAAAGAUUCACUCCCUAAUACAGUCAUUAAUAGCAACCCACAGCUAUUCAACAAA